AAAUAAAUUCUAAAACUGCACUGCAAAACCCUAAUUCUGAAUUUCAGCCUAAAUUGUUGAUUUGAAUUGCUUGGAUGGCGAUUCUCUCAGACUACGAAGAAGAAGAACAGACGCAGACGACAUCAAACAAGCCGUUUACCGCAGCGUUCGAUCCGUCAAACCCUUUAGGAUUUCUGGAAAAGGCUUUUGAGUUCGUGGCGCGAGAGAGCGAUUUAUUCAAGAGUCAUUUCUUGAUCAAGGAUGUGAGUGCUGUGGUUGGAAUGGUGAAGGAGAAAGUGGAAGUCAAGGCGAAGAAGAGGAAAGAAUUGAAGCUUGAACACAUUGUAAGGGCUGAAAAGAAAAUGAAGGAGGAUCCACCAUUGGCUAAAGAGGUGAAAAAACAGGAGUUGAAGCCGGAGGUCAUGGAGGAGGAAAAGGGAAGUGAUGCUAAAGGGGAAGAGAAAAAUGAACCUCGAGCUCCUAGCAAAGGCAAUGGACUUGAUAUGGACAAGUACUCUUGGGGUCAAUCUUUGCAAGAGGUCAAUGUUGUUGUUCCUGUACCUCCUGGAACAAAGUCAAGGUUCAUUGUGUGUGAAUUUAAGAAGAAUUAUCUUAAAGUUGGGCUUAAAGGUUAUCCUCCAGUUAUUGACGGUGAACUCUUCCUUCCUAUCAAGGUCGAUGAUAGCUUCUGGAGCUUAGAGGAUCAGAAAUCGGUCUCUAUCCUCCUUACCAAGCAGAACGAGAUGGAAUGGUGGAAGUACCUGGUGAAGGGUGAGCCGGAGAUUAAUAUGCAGAAAGUAGAACCUGAAACCAGCAAACUUUCAGAUUUGGAUGCCGAAACACGUUCAACUGUGGAAAAGAUGAUGUUUGACCAACGACAAAAAUCCAUGGGCCUUCCAACGAGUGAUGAAAUGCAGAAGCAAGAGAUGCUAAAGAAGUUUAUGGCUGAGCAUCCAGAGAUGGACUUUUCAGGGGCAAAAGUUAGCUAAAUGACCUGGAGAGAGCUUUCUGUGCAGAUUAUGUUCCUUCUUAAUAUGAUACAUCCGUCGAUGUGAGCUAUUGGUUAUCUUUUUGGGCUUCUCAACUGAAUUUAAAGCGGAUUUAUUUUUCUGAAUGAGAGGCUUCUUGAUAAUAACUUUUGCCUACAUGAACCAUCGAUGGUGUUGAUGUUAGUGAUAUCAUUAUACUGUUACUCGUAAAUUCUUGGGCAUUGUUUUCAAAGUGAACUUUACCAUUGAUAGAAGUGUUGCGUGUUG